AUGCACAAUGAGGAGUGGUCGAUUAUACGAAGCGCCAACGAAGCGCCGACCACAAAAUCGGAAAAGAUCCUUGUCAAUAAUGCUCUGCUCACGCAGAUAUUGUCUCAGCCUCGGUCGUUGCAUGUCUCUCACCAGGCUUUGCAGGCUAAGCUCAAUGGCCUCAGCAACCCAACAUCCCCGCCCGUGAAACCAUCUGCUGGUCCUAUCCCUCUUGCCUUGGACCUGCUCUCCGGUCCUCCUUCGAGUACUUUUUCUAUUCCUACUCUGCCCAAGAUGAACGAGUUGGCUGCUGCCGAAGCGAACGGGGUACUGACGGACAAGCAGAGGGAGAAGUUGUUGUACCACGGGAGGGUCAUGUUGACGAGUGAGUUCUGCGCUCCUUUGUUUCUCUGCCUGGCGGGUCAUUUUUAG